AUGGAAAUAUUUCAUAAACACAAGAGUGAAGGUAAAAUCCGAAUUUCCCGUGAGCUCUCAGAAGGGGAAAAAUUAGGAACAAGCAACAGAAAGGUGCAGGUGAAGAAAUGCCUGGAUAGCCUGGGGAUUCCCUGUAAUCUGGAUGAUGUGCCCAAUAUCGCCAUCCUGGGAGCUGGUGGAGGUCUGCGGGCCAUGAUCGCCCUUCAUGGAACCCUGCAGGAGCUACAAAAGCAUAGUCUCUUGGACACCAUCAUGUACCUGUGCGGGGUCUCAGGUUCCACUUGGUGUAUGUCAUCUCUCUACAAAAAUGGGGACUGGGCAGAGAAAUUGCAGGCCUUGGAGGAAAGUAUGUGUGCUAGACUUUCCAAAUACACCUGGAGCAUCCCAAAGGCAACGAAAAUGCUACUCGAGGCGGCUAAAGAUGAAAAUUACUCCCUGACUGAGUUCUGGGCCUACACUGUGGUCUAUGGAAUGUUACAUGAGGUGGGUGAAAACUUUCCCUUUACAGCAAGUGUACCCAUGGAAUACUUUGGAAGUGAAUACAAGAAUGGAGAACUAAAGAAGCAGAAAGAAGAGAAAAGCAUGAGUUACCUACAAGGUUUGUGGGGAAGUGCCAUUGGCAGCAAAACGGAAAAUGAAAAAGUAAUAAAAGAUAUAUUCUUUGGCUUCUUUAAGAGAGAAAAAGAAUCACAUUCACCAUCUAAAGAAAAUUGUCCAGAAGGAAUAGUCGAGGGGUUUCCAGCACCCACCCUUGAACCUGAAGCUGGUGAUAUGGAAGGCUCAUUGCAGAGUGAGCCAGCAGGAGCUUCACCAGGUGGCUUUUCACCAGAUACGAAGAACAAGUCAAUUACUGAAAACAUUAAAGGUGGAGUAGACUCAGUGGUGGAUUUCGCAAGAAUGUGGCAAAAAACCACUCAUGGUCUCUUGACCUGGAAAUGGGGAACGAACAAUAACUUUCUUUACAGAUGCUCUGCUCUUGACUCUGCUGAGCUGGUGAAGGAUAAAGUCAUCUCCUUGGUAGAUGCUGGAAUAGCCAUAAACUGUGCUUUCCCUCUGGUUCUCCGCCUGGAAAGGAAAGUGAAACUGAUCCUCUCCUUCGACUAUGGCCCUUUUGAACCAUUUAAGGCCCUCAAGCAAACUGCCAAAUACUGUAAAGAAAACUGCAUCCCAUUUCCUGAGAUAGACGAGAAAUUGCUCCAAGAGCCAGAUAACCCCUCCGACUGCUACAUCUUCAGAGGAGAGGGUGCACCUACCGUCAUGCACUUCCCACUUUUCAACAAAGUGAAUUGUCCAGCCUAUGUGACAGAAUGGAGAAUUAGAUUCACCCCAGUUCGCUGUCUCUACCAUGUGGGAGACAUCACCAAACUCCUCCAGUCGGCAAGACUGAAUGUGUCGAACAACAAAGACAAGAUCCUUCAAGAGAUCAAAUACAUUGUGGCUUACUCCAGCAAGAAGAGAAGCUCUUAA